AUGCGAGGAGAGCUUCGGAGAGUUGAAGCGGAGAUUGACAUCAGUGUCGAUCCUGGCAUUACCACGGCCGGGAAUGCUAUACGAGCCUACCAUCCGGGAAAGGCUAAUGUAGUGGCCGAUGCGCUUAGCAGGAAGAAGAUCCUAGCGGUCACACGUGUUGUCACCUCAUCUCGCAGCAACGCCGGUGUGUUGACUGCAAUGUUGGGACAUCUCUCAUUGACGCCCGAGGAGUCGACAUCGACUCUGAUCGAGCACGUGGUCAGGGGACAGCGCGGUGAUCCUUUACUCACUCGAUACAUGGAUCACAUCGAGGAAUAUGGCCUUAAGGGCUACCACAUCGACGAGCGGGAAGCGUUGCGACUGGGGAAUCAACUAUGUGUGCCCGAUGAUCCGGAGCUGAGACAGGAGAUUUUAUCAGAGGUACAUCAGUCGAGGUUAGCGAUAUAUCCGGGGGCGAGCAAGAUGUAUCAAGGUCUACGACAGUGGUAUACUUCGCCAAGGGUCAAGAGGGACGUGGCGGACUACGUAGUGCGAUGCCUCACUUGCCAACAGGCCGCCUUUGAGACUCCGAAGAAGGCAUUGAUCUCUCCGCCCAUCAUUGAUCACUUGCGUGACGAGCUUUAA